AUGCAGACGCAACGCCUGAUUGAACGAAACCCUCGCGCACCACAUCACAUCACAUCAUGUACACAAACAAGCAAGAAGGGAGGAGAAAAAGAAUCCCACACCCCCCAACCACCUCCCCCUCACCCUCCCCCUCACACUCGUACUCACACCACCGCUCCGGCGCGCGAAACCCCCACAGGCGAAACCGAAUGGACCAUCAACGGCCGCUACACGGGCGUCACCGACCUCCCGCUCACGCCCAAGGGCGAGCAGCAAGUGCUGGGCAGCGGGCGCGCGCUCGUCGGCGCGGGCAAGCUGAUCGACCCCGCGAGGCUCGCGCGCGUCUACGUGUCGCCGCGCACGCGGGCGCAGCGCACCUUCGAGCUGCUCUUCCCCGCGCACUCGCAGGCGGACCUGCACGCGGCGGCGCGCGUCACGACGACGGCCGCGCUCGCCGAGUGGGACUACGGCGAGUACGAAGGGCUGCUCACGGCGGAGAUCCGGGCGCGGCGCGCGGCGAAGGGGCUCGAUGCCGACGCCGGCCGCCCGUGGGACAUUUGGCGCGACGGGUGCGAGGGCGGCGAGAGCGCGGCCGAGGUGACGGCGCGGCUGGACGCGCUGAUCGCCGAGAUCCGCGCGCUGCAGGCGCCGUGCAUGCGCGGCGGCGAGACGCCUGCCGACGUCGUGCUCGUCGCCCACGGCCACUUGCUGCGCGCCUUCACCAAGCGCUGGCUGCAGUAUCCCAUGGAGUUCCCGCUGAGCAUGAUGCUCGAGCCCGGCGGCGUCGGCGUGCUGAGCUACCAGCACCACAGCGUCGACGAGCCGGCCUUCCUGCUGGGCAUGGCGCUGCCCGUGCAGGACGAGAAGGGUCAUCACAAGCAUUAG